ACUGCAAAUCGGAGAUAUAGAAGCUAUAUAUACAUAUAUAUACAUAAUCUCGCCGGAAAAUUUAUGCCUAUAAUAUUUUACGUAUCAAACUUCGUAAAAACGAUAGAGGAGGGUCGUGAGAGGUCUAGGAAUACUUCCCAAUAAAUUCCAGACCGAUUCGUAGUCACCGGAGUUUCCUAGAGGUCGCCGGAGUUGCAAGCCGUGGAAACGGGUCUUUAGAAAAGACACGAUUUUGCCGUAGAUAGGGGUGGCGGAGCUUCUCCUCGACGUGAGGAUCAUUUUGCAACUGGAAUCGUCGAAAUCCGUUACCUAAGGAGAAUUCAAGUGAAGAUCAAGCUAGAGAUUUUAUUAAGGAGAUUAUCGCAAUUUAAGAUGAUUAUGAUUAUGAAGAUUGAUGUACUUGCUGCCCGAGUGUUCCGCUAGUUGCACACGUUUGAUUAAUUAUUGUUGUUUAAAUUUGUAAUCCAUAAACUUUGUUUAAGUUUUAUUUGAUGACUACUUGAAUUAAUGGUGGAUAGCAUGUGCACUCAAUCAUGUAUAGGUUGAGUGUGGCGGUGACACACCUGUUUUUCCAUCAAAGACUUCCGCUGUACUCUAAAUAUGUUUUAUAAUAAAGAUGUUUUCAUUUCAAAAUGUUAUUUUAUUUUGGUGGGAAAAAUGCGGGUGUUACAAGUUGGUAUCAGAGACUUAGGUUUUCCUAAAGGAUUUGUACACGAGGUAAUAGGUUGUAUGGAGAAAUUCUGUCACCAAGACGAUAAGAGUUUAAGGCUGUUGGUUCUUAAUUGAGCCUUUGCGCUCGUCCAACUACCUGGGAAUUUCUCCUUGUGCUGAAACUUCGUUGUUCAAAAUCAUUGAAGGAAACCUUUGAGAUUGUACCUUCAAAAGGGAGAUUUUCAAAUAUUUUUAAGACUAGGAAUGAUAAUAUAGCUAGGAAAUGGCCUUUUAGGAACGUGGUGAGGACCUUGUGAGUAUUUAUUUUCCUUACAUGUAUCAUGUAUGUGAUAAUUAUGCUAAUUGUGGGCCCAUUUGAGAAAUGGGAACCCCAAAUGAUAAAAUGGGAAUGCCUCAUAAGGCAAAAUUCCGAAGUGGCUAAGGUAUGUACAAACAUUAUGUGUGAAAGUGCUUUUAUGUGAAGUAUGAAUCCUCUGUAUGAUUGUUAUGUACAUUUUUAUAUGAUCAUGUUGCAUAGCCUAUGGAAUCCUUAGUUGAACUAGGAUCCUUAGGAGUAAAAUAUAGAAAAUCUUACACGAAUACUUUAUGUCAUUAAGAUAUCAUGGCACCGAGAAGAGACCCUGAUAACACGCCCACCAAUGCUGAGUUGGCACAAAGCGUUCAACAACUGGCACAAUUUAUGCACACACUGGGUGCUACUGUGCUCCAGAACAACCAAAACCAGAACAACGGGAAUGAUGCCGCAAAACGAGUGGCAUCUCGCAACCCUCCAAGCUUUCAUGGGCAAGAAGAUCCUCGUAUCCUCGAGAAUUGGCUCCGACUCUUUGACAAACUCUUCGACGCGGUGAGCUGUCCGGAAGAGCAAAGGGUUGACAUUGCUGUUUACUAUUUACAGCAAGAGGCAGAUAACUGGUGGGUCUCAUCAGGCCCAACUUUACGUCAACAACCUGACUUCAAUUGGGAAGCUUUCAAGAUUGCCAUGAGGAAACGUUUUUAUCCUGCACACGUUCAGGCCACCAUGCGUGAUGAAUUCAUACAUUUGAAACAGAUGGGCAUGAGUGUCCAGGAAUACCACAAUAAAUUCGUGGACCUCGCGCCAUUUGCGAAAACAAUAGUGCCUGAUGAAAGCACCAAAGUUGAGAAAUUUAUCUACGGAUUAAACUAUGAUACGCAGAAAAUCGUCGCUGUUUUGGGUUGCCAAACUCUGACUGAAGCUUAUGAUAGAGCUGCAGUUCACUAUCGAGUUCAGCAACUACAAAGAGAGAGGAACCAGAAGAUGAAGAGGGACGAAGAUGGAGGUCGAGGAGAAAAGAGGGUCAGAGUGCACCCACCUACACAGCAACAAGAAGGGAGGAGGAGGAGAGAUAACCAAGGUGGAAGAAAUUUCCACGGUCAAAACCAACAAAAUGAUCGAAGAGUUGCUCCCAGAGAUAGACACUUCUACUGCAAGAGGUGCGGGAGAGAUCAUCCUGGUGUUAAUUGCGAUGGAAGCCUGACAAAAUGUUUCAAUUGUGGGAAGCUAGGGCACCGAACCUUCGAGUGUCUCUCAAAGACCAAUGGGGCACCAGUGCACCAGGUGCAAUACCGUGAUGGAGGAAGGCCAGAUAUGAACCAAGCUGGGCCAAAUGGAGGACAAAAUAACAACAACAAUGCCGCCGCCAACAACAACCGCAACCCUCGAGGAGGAGGGGAGAAUAAUCAUGGCAAUGGCAAUGGUGGGAACAAUGGCAACGGCGGAAACAACGGCAACCGUCCGAACCAAGGGCGAAUCAUGGUGAUGAAUCAGGCCCAAGCCAAUGCUAAUGAUGUGGUUUCAGAAGGAGAAUUCAAGUGAAGAUCAAGCUAGAGAUUUUAUUAAGGAGAUUAUCGCAAUUUAAGGUGGUAGAAAACAUCCCGCCUACUUGGGUUUCUUACUACUCGGAGGGCUUGGAAUCCCUUUUAGAGGGUGUGCACACUUAAGAUAGAAAUUCAGCUUCCAAUUGGUGGUCGGUGGGAGCCGGAAUUCCGGGAUGAGUCGUAGAUAACAACGACUCAUUGGGCUCGAGGAAUCUUGAGUUUCGCCCACUCUUAAAAGAAUCUAAAGUAUUACUUUUAGAGGAAUUGAAGGAUGAUCUUAUCUAUUGUGGAAAUUAUUUUAUGACAUUAAACCAUUUUGGAAAUAUGAGAGACUACUUUUCGAUAUAUAUACAUAUAUAAAAACCUAUUUUCCAAAUUAUAUUAUUUUACGGGUUCGGGUGGAAUCUUACUUAGCUCUAAAGCUAAUUUUUGUCUCUUUUCUCUUUUUCUCUUUGCUCUAUUGUACAGAUGAUUAUGAUUAUGAAGAUUGAUGUACUUGCUGCCCGAGUGUUCCGCUAGUUGCACACGUUUGAUUAAUUAUUGUUGUUUAAAUUUGUAAUCCAUAAACUUUGUUUAAGUUUUAUUUGAUGACUACUUGAAUUAAUGGUUGAUAGCCUGUGCACUCAAUCAUGUAUAGGUUGAGUGUGGCGGUGACACACCUGUUUUUCCAUCAAAGACUUCCGAUGUACUCUAAAUAUGUUUUAUAAUAAAGAUGUUUUCAUUUCAAAAUGUUAUUUUAUUUUGGUGGGAAAAAUGGGGUUGUUACAACUGCUGACCAGUUAAGUGAUCAAACAGUCAACCGGCCAAAUAAUGCAUCGGAUAAGAGCCAAGACUUCGGUUGACAAGUACUAUUCACUCUUUUGAGUGAUUGGAGACUCCAGCCACGUAAAAGCUCCCAAGAAGGAAAGAGGCAAGAAAUCCAAAUUCAUUUCAUUGAUUGGAGGGAACUACAAACUGCAAGCUAAGAAAAUAAAAUCAAAGUGAUCUUCAUCACCUUCAAUCGGCCAUCACCGAGAACAGUAGCAACAAGAUAGCAACGGGGGAAAAAUACAGCGGAACAUGAGUGACACUAUUCACACACGGAACAGGAGUGUCACUAUUCACACAAAGAAAUUGAGAGUCGGGCAAUCGCACCUGAUGAAGACUAAAGUAAUAUCACAGCAAAAUAAUUAUUUAUUAGGAUCUUCAUUUCAGGGUUUUUAUGCUUUAGCCCCUUCUUCGGCUACUUUAUAAAGAGCCAUUCGGAGCUGCAAAGAACAGACAAAUUGAGUGAGAAAUCUCUUCCUUUCUUUAGCUUUGUUCAUAGUAGUAGUUGUAAAAUAAAAGUGAUACUUCCUUCAAGAACACUUUCCGUAAAGUUCAGUUUGUAAUUUCCAUUUCCAGAAUUUUAGUUCUUUAUAUUUCAACAAUUAAGUUCAUUUGGGAAGUAUCAACCAGAAUCAUUUUCAGCAUAAGGAUUUCAUUGUCUCUGUUUCAGCUCAUCCAUGAUUAUUUAUGC